AUGAAUAACAACGGAAACUUCAAUAAUAAUCAACCUGCGGCACUAAUGUCAUAUCCAUUCCCAAUGCAAAAUCCUCCCCGGCAUACAACAUACGUUGAACCACCAUUUAUUAAUCAAUCGCCUCAACAUUACCCAACACAUAUGCCUCAUUAUUAUCAUCCCCGAGUACCAAUGCAAACACCUCCUAAACCGGAAAAACGCAAACAAGAAAUUCUUACAUGUGAUACAUGUGGGAUUGAGGUGAACUCUCAACAAAUGAUGGAAGCACAUAUCCGUGGUCAGAAGCAUAUCAAGAAAAUGAAACUAAAAGCAGUAUCGGGCACAAAUACACCCACCAACGAAACAGUUGCUAAUAAUAAUGUUGAGCAACAAAAUCCUAUGUCAGCUUCACCAACGGUUGCUAAACCAGCAGAUGCAACGUCACAAAACGAACCGAAUCUACCUGUUACUACUCCUGUCGUUAAACCGACACCGUCGGGCGACAAGAGUGCCUUACAAUUGAUGAACGAACUAGCAAAACAUAACAAGGUGGAUAUCAAAUAUGAUUUAGUUAAAGAAACUGGUCCGGCGCAUUGUAAACAAUUCGAAGUACAAUUAACAGUUGGUAGUGAGAUCUAUCAUGGCCAGGGAACUAGUAUCAAACGAGCACAACAUGAUGGUAUGCUGAAUGAGCCUAAUUGUCUCACUUUAAUUUCUAUGAAAAUAUAUCAUUUAGCUGCUGAACAAGCAUUAGUCGUAACGGCCUUACGAAAACCCGAUUCAAAUCAACGUGGUUCAUAUGCGAGUCGACUGACUCGUGGAGGAAAUGCUCCUCAAGGGAUGUAUUCAAAUGUUCGUCAUCAAUAUCCAUCUCAACCACAAAUACCACAACAACAAACCAUACGGCAGAAAACGUACAUGCCAACCGAACAGCAGACACAUGACAAUAACCAGCGAUCGUUAUUAAACUUUAUUGAAAGUAAAUGCGCAGAAAUCAGUGAAAACGAACACACAAUAUCAACACUACAACGCUUAGUUGAAGAUGUUGAACGCGCAUUAAAAACUGUAUCAGAUAAAAUAACUGAGCAGAGUAAGAGAAAUAAUACACCUGUUAUACCAAAACUUCCAGAUAAUGUUAAACUGAACAACGUGGAACAAAAUUAUGAGGAUUCAGCAGAAUCAUUUCGGAUGUUGAAAGGUGCAAUGAAAGUGUCUAUAUUAGCUAUGCGUUUGUUUCUUCAAACUGACUACGAAUAUGCCUUAGUGCUUAUAUGUGCUAAUAAACCAACGAAAUCCUUACUUAAUGAAAUAUGUGAAGAAUUAACAAUCGGUUUGAACGCGCAAGCUAUCGCAGCACUCCAAUUAGACUCCAAUGAUGAACAAUCCAAACCAGUUACCUACAAAAUCGAAGCACAUGUUGAUGACGCAUGCUUGACAGUUCAAUGUAGUCUUUUGCCUAAACAUACCAUCCGAGUCUUAUUAACGUCGCCCGUCUUUCGUAGUGAAAAUUUUCUUAAUCUCGAUGAGAAUACACGUCAACAAAUAUCCGCAUUAAAUCCAGACCCAACCGACAUGUUAGAUAAGGAUAAAUGUUUACAAGCAGCUGCAGAAAUACGCCAUUCCAAUUGGUUUACACAUUGUAUGCUCGAAAAUAAUUUCAAUUCGACUGUUCUUCGUAUUCUACGUAGCUUACAACAAAAUCAAACACCACUAUCACAUUUGAGUCUCUGGAGUCUUGCUUUACUUGUUCAUAAAUGUCAAAAUCAACCAGCAACUUCAGCUGCAAGUCUCUUUCGCUCAGUUUUUACUUGUAUAAGUAGCGGCGUACUCCUACCAAAUCAAGCUGGUCUAGGUAUUAUCGAUCCUUGUGAAAAAGAGCCAACUGAUGCUGCCGCUUCCCUAACGAUGGAUCAACGUUUAAACAUUACAAGCUAUGCUCAGCAUGUUUUACGUCUAAUUGCUUUUGAAAAAUAUGAAAAGAUCUUUCAAUCUGAAGCGUCAUAUCAGACUGAGUUAUCAACAUCACAAAAUGACAAAAUAGAUUAA